AUGGGGAGCAGUGAGUGCCUUGGCAGUGCAAUUCUCUCUCUCAUUUUGUCGUGUGUCUGGUUGGGAGGACCUUGCUCUUGUAGUGCACGCACAGACAGCAUCAAACUUGGGGAAGGGCUUCCAUUCUCGGAGAAUUUACUGGUUUCGGCACAAGGGACUUUCACACUCGGGUUCUUCAGCCUGGACACGGGCACUUAUUUAGGAAUCUGGUACACAAGUGAUGUUAACAACAAGAAAGUCUGGGUUGCUAACAGAGAUAAGCCUAUAUCUGGCACCAAUGCAAAUCUCAUGUUGGAUGAGUUAAAUACAGAUGGAUCGGUGAAGCAGACACUAUGGGAAAGUUUCGAUGAUCCUACAGACACGCUCCUGCCUGGGAUGAAACUAGGCAUCAACUUGAAAACCAGAAUGGAAUGGCACACAACUGGUAAUGAAACGCCGAGGGACAUCUACUGGAGCAGUGGAAUUCUAAAAGAUUUGGGUUUUGAGUUCAUUUCUUCGGUGAGGUUUGCAACUCACCAUAGCAUCUACUAUUUCAUCAGUGUUUGUAAUGACAACGAGAUCUACUUCAGCUAUUCAGUUCAAGACGGAGCUAUUUCAAAGUGGGUAUUGAACUCGAGAGGGGGAUUUUUUGACACUCACGGAACUCUAUUCGUGAAGGAAGAUAUGUGUGAUCGUUAUGACAAAUAUCCAGGGUGUGCAGUGCAAGAGCCACCCACUUGCAGGACUAGAGACUACCAAUUCAUGAAGCAAUCGGUUCUCAAUUCAGGAUAUCCAUCAUUAAUGAACAUAGAUACGAGCUUGGGCCUUAGUGAUUGUCAGGCUAUAUGCAGGAACAAUUGUUCUUGUACUGCUUGUAAUACUGUAUUCACCAAUGGAACUGGAUGUCAGUUUUGGAGGGAUGAAUUGCCACGAGCCCAAGUGGGUGAUGCAAAUCAGGAGGAGCUCUACGUUUUGUCCUCAUCAGAAGACAAAGGGAAGCCUUGGUGGAUAUGGGUUAUCAUUUUCGUUGUAGUGGUAUUUCUGUUCAUGUUACCUGUCUUUUGUUGUUCACAGAGAAACUCCAGAGGGGAUGGAAAAAUGGGGGAAACUUCUUGUAAAAGGCGCAAAUCAUCAACUGCAAACGCACUGAGUGAUUCAAAAGAUAUUGACAAAGUCAAACAGUUCAGUUUAGUUUCUGUUAUGGCUGCCACGAAUAACUUUUCAGAUGAAAAUAAAAUUGGAAAGGGUGGUUUUGGUCCUGUCUAUAAGGGGAAAUUAUCCACGGGCCAAGAAAUAGCAGUGAAGAGACUUUCAAGGGAUUCCGAACAGGGAUCGGCGCAGUUCUAUAAUGAAAGACUGAUUGCCAAACAACAACACAGAAAUCUUGUCAGACUUUUGGGUUACUGCAUCGAGGGAGAAGAAAAGAUGUUAAUCUAUGAGUUCAUGCCCAACAGAAGCUUGGAAGACGUCCUCUUUGCUCCUGCUGGAAGAAAGGGGUUGGACUGGAAUACACGGUGCAAUAUAAUCGAGGGGAUUGCGCAAGGACUUGAUUACUUGCACAAACAUUCAAGAUUGAACAUGGUUCAUAGAGAUCUAAAAGCAAGUAACAUCCUACUCGAUCAUGACAUGAACCCCAAAAUUUCUGAUUUUGGCACUGCCAGAAUUUUUGAGCCAAAUGCAUCAGAAGUAAAAACCAAUAAUAUUGUUGGAACACCGGGUUUCAUGCCACCUGAAUAUGCCAUGUGGGGAGUUUAUUCACGUAAAACAGAUGUUUAUAGCUUUGGGGUCCUACUAUUGGAGAUUGUGAGCCGCGAGAUGAAUAUUCCCUGUGGUUCUAAGAAUGGGGCCGGAAACCUUAUAAACCAUGCUUGGAAGUUAUGGGGAGAAGGCAAUAGCUUGGAGCUAGUGGAUCCAGCAGUGAGGGAUCCCCAUUCAAGAACCCAAAUGUUGAGAUGCAUUCAUGUUGCUCUCUUGUGUGUUCAGAAUAGUGCAGAAGAGAGGCCUACAAUGUCACAAGUUUGCUCCAUACUUACCAACAAAACUGAGGGCCUACCCAACCCAAAUCCACCCCCACUUUGCACUUAAGGCGAGCCAGGGGGUUGUUCUGCUCUGCAAAUGUAACUACUUGAGAGAUGGAAGGUGGGUCAAGAUGAGAAAUUGAUCACAACUGAAGCUGGUUUUGUGAGCAUUUGGAACAUAUUUGUACCCAUGUAUUCUGGAGCUCUAUUUGCCCUUUUGCUCUUCAAAACAUACAAUUAUAUAUGUCUAUCUAUAUGUUCCAUAAUACAUUAUUUGCCAUUGAAUA